AGUGGGCUAUCUGUUGAUGAUAAGCUAGAUGGGCCUUUAUUGCAGAUAUUGUUUCAUGAACCAUGUUAUUUCAAAGCAAUAUCAUCAAGAAGUUGAAGAUUUCGUAACCAGCUUAGCACAGUAGUUUGAAGAGCAAAAGAAAUCAAACCCCGAAAAAAACCCUUUCAAUAUCAAGCCUCAGCCAUCCAGUAUUUUUCUGGAAGAAAAGGCCUGCAUCAUAUGGUGUGGAUUCAGUCAAGAAAAUUAAAGAAGCCUUCAGUGUUGUUGGAAGUGUACUUUAUUUUACUAAUUUCUGCCUGGACAAACUUGGGCAGCCACUUUUAAAUGAGAAUCCACAGCUUACCGAUGGAUGGGAAAUACCAAAAUAUCAGCAAAUGUUUACUCAGAUUGUCUCUCUAGAUGGGCAAGAAAUACAAGUAAAAGCAAAAAGACCGAAACCAUGCUGCUUCAAUUGUGGUUCAGAAGAACACCAAAUGAGAGACUGCCCAAAACCAAGAGAUAAUGCCCACAUUAAUAUGAAAAGGAAAGAGUUCAUGGAUGCAUGUGGAGAUUCAACUAACCAGAAUUCUCAACAAAGGUAUCACGCUGAAGAAGUUGAGGAACGAUUUGGAAAAUUUAAACCUGGUUUUAUAAGCGAUGAACUGCAAGAUGCCCUUGGCAUUUCUGAUAAGAAUCUUCCUCCCUUUAUAUAUCGAAUGCGUCAAUUAGGUUACCCUCCAGGGUGGCUGAAAGAAGCUGAGUUGGAGACUUCUGGUCUUUCUUUAUAUGAUGGAAAAGACUCAAGUGAAGGGGAGCUAGAGGAAGCAGAGUCAAAAAUGAGAAACCAGAAUGUGUCAUAUGAUGUCUCAAAAUUGAUAAACUACCCUGGUUUUAAUAUUUCUACACCUUCUGGGAUGUCUGAUGACUGGAGGUCAUUUGGAUCAAUCCCUAUGCAAUCCGCUCACCAGAAAGAUACUUUUGCAGGCUACCUUGCCUGUAAUUUUCCUGCUCAAAACCUACAAACAAAUCAGAAGAGAUUAUCUACAUCUCCAAAUGAUUCUUCAGACAGAAAAAAACAAAAGCUUUCUGGCUAUAUGACUGCAGAAUCUCCUGUGGAUAUGGAUGUUGAAUCAGAUUUGGAUACUUCCUGUAGCUCUCCAUCAUCUAAAGGUUUUCGGUUUCAGCCCCCUCUUCCACCUGGAUCUCCAUGUGGGACACCACCACCCUUGCCACGUGGAACUCCACCAUCUACCCCUCCAAACUUUAUUCCACCACCUCCUCCAACUCCAACACCACCUCCCCUUCCUAAAGGCACACCACCACCCACCCCAACUGGAAGGUCCCCAGUGCCUCAAAGCAAAGAUAACUAUAAGGCCAUGGAUGCCAUGGACGAUGAUGCAUUGACCUUAGAAGAGCUAGAAGAGCAGCAGCGUUUGAUUUGGGCUGCUCUUGAAAACACAGAAAGCACACACAGUGAUUCACCUCUAACUGGCAAUUCUGUCAACUCUUCACCCUCCAGGACUGAAUUGAACACUGCUAGUGUUGCAAAUGUACCAUCACAAAAUGUAGCAAAAUCAAAAGAAUCUGAUGUUUUCCUUGAGGCUAUUGCAGUAGAUUCUGAUGAAGAACAUGCUUUGACACCUGAAGCUGAACAAUUAAAUGAAGAAAAAAAUAAUUUUAGUGCAACACAGGAUGAUAUAUCUACUAUCAAACUUUCAGAGGACAAAAGUGAAGAUGCUGCAGAAGAGGCAGUUUAUGUUGAUCCCAAAAAUUUAUGCAUCCCAGAUAUGAGUAAAUUUGCAGAGGGAAUCACACCAUUUGAAUAUGACAACAUGUCUGAAUCAACUGGCAUUUACCUUCGACUCAGAAAUGUUCUAAAGAAUUCUCCAAGAAACCAGCAAAAACUUCAAAAGCAAGAUUAGUAACUGUUCACAAUUUGGGACAGAGUAAAAUUCAAUAAUUUGUUUUAUUAAAUAGUCUACAUAAAUGUGUCCAUAUCCAUAUGGCCAAUUGUUUUUCACAUAAACUUAAUGAGAAAAUUCAUUUUUAAAUAAUGCCACCCACAUUUAAAGUAUAUGUACAUUUUUGUAACAAAAUCCCAAAAUAUAGUGAAGGGUCUAAUAUUUUAAGUGGCAUCUUUCAUGCAAUAUAUAAUUUGGUAUUAGAAAACUGAGAUUACAUUUAUUGAGAGCAAUUUAUAAUUAAUUUAGGAUUAUACAAUAUCCCCUUUUUCAAAUAUGAUACAGAGGAAGAGAGCAUAAUUAUAUUGUGUUAGAAUAAGCAAACAUGUCUUCUCGCUUAAUUCUAAGGCAUUUUUUUGGCAUAAAAAACUUUACAGUUCCCUUAUCUAUGGCAUUUGGCACCAUAAUAAGAACACUCACUAUUUUGUACAUAUGCUGUUUUAGUUUUUGCGUGUCUGUUUAUUAGUGGGAUCUGUGACUGUGAAAGAAGUUAACAAACGUGUUUUGUAUUCAUCUUGGAAGUUCCCUAAAUUAUUUUCAGACUUUUAAUUUUUGUACAACUUUUAAUUUAGUGAAUUUUUUUUAUCCUUCUGUUUUUAUUCCUUUUUAAUUUACUUUUUUUGUACACUUUCUGAAUUAUUCACUAGAAAGGUUUAAUAUAAUUCAGUGUUUUUAAGACUCAAAAUUUUACUGUUUUUCAACUUGACAGAAGGGUUCAAGAAUACUGUGUUCUCUUCACGAUUCAAUUUUUUUAUAUAUAUAUAAGAUCAGCUGUUUUCAGUUUUUAAUGCCACUUCAAACCUUUUCUAUGACCAUUUCUCAUGUUUUCUGUACAAAUAUUGUGUAUAGAAAUGUAAUAAAUGAUUUUUUUUUCCA